AAAUACUACAAUUAAAGUGCAUAAUGAUAAUUCAUUUUAACAUAGAAAAUGAUUAUUUAUUUAUAUUAAGUGCAUAAUUACCAAUAUAUAUGUGACUAUUAUCUAUUAUUGUAAUGAAUGUAUCCUCUUUUAAGUGUAUUUAUUUGAUACAAUCAUGGUAUGCUUUCUCUCUAUUCAGUAAAGUACAAUACAAUACAAUAAAGAAUGAAUUGGCUUCAUGUAUAUUUCUUUAUUGUUUUAUUCUAUUCAUCAAUCUAUUGUAAAAAAGAUUAUAAUACUUAUGAAACUGAUGAAGAAGAAGAUAAUAAACGAUUUAAUUAUUUAGAUAAAUCAUUAAAAGAAGAUAUGAUGAAUGAAGAUGGUUCAUAUUAUGGUUCAAAUGAUAAUGAAGGACAACAAUCAGAGAAUAAUGGACAAGGAUCUGAUAAUACAGAAAAUAAUUAUAAUACAAAAUAUGAAGAUGGAAAUGAAGAAACAGAAAAUAAUUCAGAUAAUUCUGAUUCCAAUGAAUCGGAAAAAUAUUCUGAUAAUGAGAAUUAUGGUUCAACAUAUCAAAAUGAUUAUGAUUCCAAUUCUAAUGAUGAGGAUAAUAAUAAUAAUAAUAAUGAUAAUGGUGAUGGCAAUAAUGGUAAUAAUAAUAAUAAUGAUUAUACUAGUAGUAAUAAUAAUGGUGAUGAUAAUGAUGAAAACAGUUAUAAUAGAAAGAAAUAUUUGAAAAACUUGUUGAAAAAGAGACAAUACAAACAAAACGAGAAAAAAUACUCUUCUGAUGAAUCAGAUGACACUAGUUAUAAUGAUGAUUACAAUAAACCAAAUCGUGACAAUCGUUACAAUAAUAAUAAUAAUGGUGAGGGGAAUUCGAAUGACUACAAUGAAUAUAAAAGUAAAACGAAAAGAGGAUCACGAAAAAAUAAAUAUAGGAGAGAAUCAGAUGAAACAGACGAAACUGAUGCUAAUAAUGAUGAUUCAUACAAAAAAUAUUCAACGAGUAAUACACGGGAUAAAUAUCCAUCAAGGAAAAAAAAACCUAAUGGUAAACGUAACGAAUACUAUGACAAUGCUGAUGGUUAUAAUGACGAGGAUGAGGAUGAUGGUAAAAAUAAAGAAAACAAUGAUAAUUAUAGGAAAAAAUCUAAAAAACCAAAUAGACGAAGGAAAAAAUACACAACGAAUAAUGAUGAUAGUGGUAAUGAGGAUAAUGAUAAUGGGGAAAAUGAAUAUCGAAGAAAAUAUAAGCAAGUCUAUAGGCGGAAAAAAAGGAAUUCAAAGAGAACUAACCAUAGACGUAAAAACUACGAGUCAGAUACCGAAGAGUAUGUUCCACAGAAGAGAAGUCGUAAAAAGAAUUCUUAUAAACGUAAAUAUGAUAAUGAUAAUGGAAAAGAUAAUGGUAAUGAUGAUAAUUAUUAUUAAGCAAAUGACAGCAGACAGUAAUAAAUCAGAUAUCAUAAUAACAGAUUUAGUAUUAAAAAUGAUCUUUUGAUCAAAAUGAUAAGUAAUUAUUUCCUGUUUGUUUGUUUUUGUUUUUGUUGUUGUUGUUGUUGUUGUUGAUAAGAGCAGUGCAACAAAGACUUUUUACUCCAGGACAUAUUUCAUUCAGUAUACUCUAAGCAAAUCAAUAAAACUAUUAUGUAACAAUAUUCAUUAACUGCUGUACACUUUUUAAUUUUACCCAGUAAUCAUGGUAUAAAUUUGAGAUGGGAGAAAAGCAAUAGAUAAUAAUAAUAAUAAUAAUAAUAAUAAU